AUGAGCGAGAUUUUUCCCGCGACGGCUGGCUCCUCGUCGAUGUCGCACACAUCCCUUACAAAUGUACAGCUCGGCCCCACAGACAACUUUGACUGGGAGGGAUACACCUCUAACUAUUCCGAUCAUCUACGCGCCCAGCGACUAAUGUACAUUGCCACGCACUGUCCGGGUCUACGUCGAGCUUGCAGCCGGGAAGCUGCUGACCACCUUAAAAAGCACACACGAAAUGUCUCGGCGUACCAGGCGAUGGUCACGGUGCACAACACCGAACCCGAGACAGGCGAUCUUGUUCCGUCCUUGGAACGCAUAGAAACUGAUGCGGAAUGGGUUCAGGUGACAGAGCAACGCAACAUCGCCCAUCGCGAAAAGCUUGAACUCGAACUACGCAACUACCAGAACAACCUGAUCAAAGAAUCUAUCCGAAUGGCGCAUCGCGAUCUCGGAGAUCACUUUUGGGACACUGGCGACUACCAGGAGACCACCGAUAAUGUCCUCGAAAUGUGUAUGAAUGUGAUCGAAGCGUCCCUCGUGCUACAGAACUGGACCAACAUUCAGACGUUUGUCAGCAAGGCCGAGGGAGUGCUGGAGUCCUUCUUACCAUCUGCAAGUGUCGGUGAGAAAAAGCUUAGUUCUCUCGGUACUUCGAACAUAGUGCCACCGACAAAAGGCGCAUCUACCGCGGGAGCCGAUGCGAUAGGUGCUCUAUUUCGUGCAGGCGGAAGCGCUGCGGUGCCGACCGCUAUUUCGUCGUCUUCCAACGCCCAGGCUGGAUCCAGCACAGAGGACCCGACGCACGCCGCCUCGCGGAAGCGCGUUGACGAGAUAAGCGCCAAGCUCCGUGCUGUUAAUGCAGUGGCCGAACUCGGUCGUCGAUCUUACGAAAAAGCAGCCAAGAUUCUGCUGAGCAUCGAUCCAGCACUUAGCUCUUCGUUCUCUGACAUCAUCAGCCCUUCGGACGUAUCGUUGUACGUAGCGCUAUGCAGUCUUGCCACGAUGGAUCGAGCUGCGCUCAAGACGCAAGUGAUAGAGAACACCAGCUUUCGCGGCUUUCUCGAAUAUGAUCCAUACGUUCGAGAGCUGCUGGAAGCAUUCAGCUUGGCCCAGUUCAAGAAAGUCGGUGAGAUCCUGGAUCAACACCAAGCACGACACCUUCUCGAUCCGUAUCUUGCACCUCACGUUGAAACUCUGCGAACAAGGCUCACCCGACGAGCGCUACGACAGUUUUUCACGCCGUUUGAUCGAGUUAGCAUCCCAAGGAUGGCGACAGCGUUUGGCUGGAGUGUCGAACAGAUGAUCGAAGAGCUGGUGGCGUGCAUCGAGAGAGGAGAAUUCAAGAAUCUGCCUGGUAAGGCGGCCGAGGAGGGCGACGCCAGGAUCGACGCUAUCACACACACGCUGGAGUACAAGACCAAAGACCCACGCAGAGCUGUGUUCGAUGCUGCGGUGGAGUUGGGCGACAAGAGGUGCAGGGAGACCAGGCGGCUGUUGCUCAGAAUGAAGUUGGUUGAGAAUGGCGUGGUCGCCAAGGCGCAACGCGCCUAUCACACUGAGCCAUAG